AUGAGCCUUGAUCCUAGUGCCUUUCCGAGGUCGGACUCCCCCGCAAGCUCCGAGAGCUCCUUUACGCGCCCGCGCCUCCAGGGCAAGGAAGGGUCUCUAAAGAAAGACAAGACCUACCGCCGCUAUGCGUCAAGCGUCGAGCGAGCCUUGUCGUUGUUCGACAACGCCCUCCAAGAAUGGGCCGACUACAUCUCCUUCCUCAGUCGCCUACUAAAGCCAGUCGUCCCACAUAAGCUGCUGGUUUCGAAGCGGCUUGCUCAAUGCCUGAACCCGUCGUUGCCGUCGGGCGUCCACCAAAAGGCGCUUGAGGUCUAUACGUACAUAUUUGGCCUAAUUAAGCUCGAGGGAUUGUCGCAUGACCUUCCGCUGUAUCUACCUGGCCUUGCACCCACCCUGACCUUCGCCUCGCUCUCUGUUCGACCGCUUUUCCUGUCUUUGGUGGAAGGAUACAUUGUUGACCUUGAGCCGUGGGCUAUCCGCCCUGCUUUGAAAGCAAUUAUUCUGGCCCUGCUUCCUGGCCUGGAAGAGGAGACAAGCGACGACUUUGAACUGACGCUACGAAUUCUCAACAAGCUGCGCGAUGUCUCCGGACACCUCGAGACACAGAGGACAGCUGAUGCAGGCGCUUCUGGGCAAUACUUUUGGCAAUGUCUUUUCCUGGCUUCAAUCACGAACUCCAGCCGACGACUCGGCGUUCUGGCAUAUUUGAACCGCUACCUUCCAAAGCUAGGAAUCGCAGAUCGUCGACCAAGUGUGGCCGAUGCCGGAGAUAUUAAGGACAUACCGCCGCAGAUGCUUGCUGCAGCCGAUUCAGUAAUUCUUCCUGAGCCGGGCCUCUUGAUUCGCUGUUUCGCAUCAGGCCUGUCUGAUGAGCAGCUUCUUGUUCAGCGCAAUUUCCUCGAUCUACUCGUGACCCAUCUUCCUCUGAGUUCUCCGAUUUUACAGACUCGACUUGCAGACGGAGAUCUUGAAACAUUGAUAAUAUCUGCUGUGGGCGUGGUUGCCCGGCGUGAUAUGAGCUUGAACCGCCGCCUUUGGUCAUGGUUCCUUGGACCAGAGCCAGCUAAUGAGCGUUCGUCGAUUGAUGGUCGAAAAUUCUCAUCGGAAACUGCUCGUUCGUCGUCUAUUGAUGGAGGGGAACUUUCCCAAUCUCAGUAUUUCAGUCGCGUUGGCUUACAGCCAUUGGUCAACGGUCUUCUCAAAAUGAUCAAGCAAGCUUCUAGAUCCCCUUCUGAACGGACGAAGCCCUUCCGGAUCUCACUCUCUCUGAUGGAUCGCUGGGAGAUCGGCGGAUACAUCGUCCCAGCCGUUUUCCUCCCUACCAUGCAUAGCGUCCAGGAAUUCGAGAAAGUUGCACCCAAGGGCCACUUCGAGGAAGUAUUCCGCAGUGCAAGUGCAUUUUUCGAUGGCGUCGAAAGCAGUGUCAUCUUCUCCGAGCUCUUGCACCUAAUUGACUUCCGUUCCAAGAAUGCGGAACAUGAAUGUGAUCAAGUCAUGCGCAACUUGGAUCUUGCACGAUUUAUCCUUGAAAACUUCAACGUGCGAGAAGAGGAUAUGAUACAUCUUCAUGUUCCUCUCUUGACCCUUUCAGUGCUUGUCAAAAUGAGCGAAGUUACUUCACUGGACAUUCAGUUCAACAAGCAGGCUGUGUCUAACGCAUUGAACGCCGUGCUAAAAUCACUGACACCAUUGCUCACAGAAAGAGUCUUUUCAAGAAAGACGGGCCAGGAGAAAUCGUCCGCUGAUAACAAGGCCAGGAAUGCCGAUAUAAUGAAGAAAGUGCAUCAGUUUUAUGAGAUCAGCAAAAACAGUCUUGAUCUUCCACCCCUACCAUUUGCCCCCAAGCAGAUCGGUGAGAUGAUCAUCCGGGAGGCCCAUGAUCUUUGCAUUGGAGCCCUUAAGGGCGAUGAUGGCACCGCUUCUCUCAAUGAAAAGCUGAAUACUCUUGUGACAUUAUUGCAAAGGCUUCCGAAGUCGCGCGUCCUUCGCGACAGAAAACUCUAUGCAGCAAUUUCGCAAAAGCUAGCUACCAAGGAUAUCAACCGGACGACUGCGGCUUUCGCCGUCAUAUCCACGAUCGCUUCUUCUGUAACAAAUUUGUUUUUCAUCCAUACCCCCGGCUUCUAUGUAAGCUAUGAGGAUGCGUGUGAUCUCAUUCCCAACCUGGUCGAACAGUUGUGGCAGUAUUUGUCGCCAUCAAGCCCAAAGUUCCAUGUGGAGGCUGUGCGGUGUCUGUGGCUGCUGCACUCAAUCUCUUGGGUCGACCAUCUUGUCGAGGCUUCGAUUACUUCUUUGAUGGUAAGCACUGGGGCUGCGGGGGCGUAUCAUCUAUCCUCGGAUGAGAAGGCAGAGAAGUUCUAUGUUCUGUGGAAUCACAGUCACCACGGGGCGCAUGAACAGCCCCCGAAGCAAGUCAUAGACGUCGGAGGAUCAUUGUUCUCCUAUCAGUGUACUAUGAUUGAACGUCCACUGUUUAUUGUCUUGGAUCUUUUGUCCCAAGGGCCUGGCGAUGUCUCUCAGAGCGUCCAGCAGUGGCUUCAAGACCUGCCGACAAUUCACAAGAUCUUCCAUGUCAUCAUUUCUAAACUCGAAGAACUCUUGGAGCGUGACCUCCACGGUGAAGCAAUCCACGAUAACCAUUCUAUCUCUCCGGAAGAUUACAAGGAGUGCUAUUACUUGUUGCGAACGGCUUCUAACAUCAUCUCUAUUCUUUCGCACAACGGGUGGAUCAUUUUUUUGUCUCACACCGUGAGCCACGCUGAGAACCGCCCUGAAACAGUCAAGCCUGACGAUAACUCGAGCGGGAAGAGUCUUCAUGCAACCUUCUUCGAAGCGUCUCUUAGAAUCAUCAGCGAUCAAUCCUCAACCUUCACCCCUCCACCAGUCAGCACUGAGGGAGAGAGACUACAGAAAGAUGCACUGCAUCUCAUGCGACAGCUUCUCCUAGGUCCGGGCGCGGAGGAUCUUGUCGAAUCUGGACUUGAUGAGUUCUUAGUAGAACGUCUUCUAAUUGCAUCUGACGGUGGCAGCGUUGCGGUACAAGGUGCACUAAUCGAUGCAUUACUCGCCGCUCUUAAGGUGCGGUUCGCUCAGGCGUAUGUGCCACCACCGCCUCCUCGGCCCAAACAUCAAAGAGCUGGCUCUCGUGAACGCUUGAAAAGUCCUUCAAUACUGUCCUUUAACAGCGACAAGCCAGAGAGGAAGUCUUCAAUGGCUCAGAUUCCUCGUCCACCCGAGCGGCUUCUAGAUUGUCUUUUGAAGGGAAUAAGCUCAGCUCGAUCUCGAGACAUCGUCGACAAGUGGAUUGGACUCCUUUGUGAGGCUCUUCCUCUCUACUCCGGCCAAAUUUUCCAGAUCCUUCUAAUGCUUGUUGAGUGCUUUUGUAGAGAGAUCAGAGCAUCUUUUGGAAGACUUCAGCUCGCAUUCCAGCAAACAGAAGAUUGGCCUCAGGAUCGGUCUGAACAUGUCACUAUUGCUUUAUUGACGGGUCUCGAAACUUGUAUCGCCAAUGCCCACGAACGCCUUCUAGUGGAAGAGUCUAAUGUACCUGCGGUCAAGAGUCCGGAUCAACCUCAGGGCUUCUUUGGAAAUAUGGUCUCAGGAGUCUUUCACUCAGAUAGCAAUCAGGGUCGAUCUAACACUGCCAAUGACCGCUUGACUGUUCUGCUCUGCUUCCAGGACGCGGUUCGCCUUUGCUUCUCUAUUUGGGCAUGGGGUGCUGGAGAUAAGAGUGGAGUUUCUCCGGAUUCCGAGUCAAUGGCAUCGUUCCAAUAUACAUCGCUACGCAUGCGAAACAGAUCACGACGGAUAUUGGAGCAUUUCUUCACUGCUGAAGCACUUGAAUGCCUCGAAACGCUAGUUGAGAUGUGGACUAAGUCUGACAUGGAGACUGCAACACUCAUCUUCAGUCUCUUGCAUACUCUCGAUGGAUCACGUCCAAAGAAUGCCAUUCCAGCCGUUUUCAACGCCAUUUACACGCGUACCAACCCAAGCGCACUGGAGAACAAUCGCAAGUCUUCAUUGACAUCCAGCCUUUCUGAAUCUGAGCUUGCCAGCUUCUUGGUUGCCUAUGCACGCUCUUUGGACGAUGACGUUUUGGAUGAGAUCUGGUCCGAUUGCACAACUUUCCUUCGUGACGUUCUGAGCAACCCUUUCCCUCAUCGACAGAUCCUUCCGCGACUCAUCGAAUUUGCGGCCAUCUUGGGUGCAAAAUUGGAGAAUACCACGUUUGGAGAGGACCGACGGAUGCGCAAGGAACUGGGGGAAGUGCUUCUCCGACUCUUGACAGCCGUCUUCACUAGCAAGCCACUUGGCCUCAAUCAGGACAGCGGCCUCAUGGCGAGAUCGUCUGUAGACUUCGAUCAGACAGCAGUCUCACACACCGGACCCGACGACAUGCUGAGCAUUCUUGCAGUCUCCAUGCCAUCAUUUAUCACCACUCUGGGUGAUUCAGACCGCAUCAAUACCGCAAUCGGCGGCGUGUCAACCAACGUGAUCGGUCCUCUCAUUCGCUCCCGUCUGUUUCCCAAUAACCUCAACCGCAACGUCAUGGUUCUACUACAGCAGAUGGCCAAGGUGCCCGCAGCAGCCAAGGUGUGGAAGAAAGACAUUGCAGAUGCAUUCCAUGAUCCGCGCUUCUUCGGCCUACAAGUGGAAAUGGUCAGGGCCACUUGGAUGGAUCUUCUACGGCAGUGGGUUCUCGCCGACAAGGAGCGUCUGGCUGAGUUGUUGGGUCGACUUCCGCCGCCAAGUGCAGCUGGAAUCAUGUUCGGUGUUGGAGCUUCCGCAGCGCGGCUGGAAGCCGAUCGCAAGGCCCAACUUAACCUUCGCCGCAUCGCCCUGCUUCUUCUUUCCCGCCAACGAGGACUACUUUCCGCUACGAGCUCUUCAUCGCCAUCUUCCGCGACGCGUGCCGAGAUCUUCAUGGUUCUGCGCGCCCUCGCCCUCACUACUUCUUCCUCCACCAUGGCGUCAUUCUGGCCCUUGAUCAACAUGGAGCUGCAGGAAGCUAUAUCGGCUGUUCCGCGAGGUUCUCAGUCCGAGCUUUACAGCCCUUAUUCAUUGCUUCAGGCGUGCAAGCUGCUCGACACAUUGUUAGUGAUCGCCCCGGACGACUUCCAACUCUUGGAAUGGCUCUUUGUUACCGAUACCAUCGACGCAGUCUACCCGCCCGACCGUUGGGAACCUAUUGCUCUUGCCGACGAAAUCUCUCAAAGCUUCGGGCCACGCGGCGUUCUCUCGCCGGCCGUGACACACGAGCAAGCCGAGCCUGCAUCACGCGGCGCCCUCAAACGGCCGUGGCUCACCUCCGACCGAAUCCGCGAAACGGCCAAGGACGAAAUUGUUGAGCGGGUCCUGCGACCAUUCUUUGACCGUUUGAGUAUCUACGCGUUUGAGAGCACCUAUGGAAUGGAAAGUGUGGAUCUGGGCGUGUGCCGGGAUGACCUGCUCGCGGAUCUCUUCAAUGAGAGCACGAUGGCAAAUUGA